UGGAGAGAGCUCUUCGAUCCUGGACCUCACCCUCCAGCAGGCCGGGCCUGGUGGGCCAGAGCAGCUCAGUGUGGUAACGACAGUGGUGAGCAGAGGAAGUCGGAACUCGCUCUCUACCAUCCACAGCUGAUCUGCUCAGUGGUGACGUGACGCGCAAACUUUGUGGAAAGAAAUCCUCAGCCAGCGUCCAGUAAAUUACGGACCAGAGAGCUACAAAACUACAUGUAGAAACCUAUGGGGGACAAGGGCGUCACCCUCAGCUAGACUAACACACCAGCAUGAUCCAGCCAGUACCAGGGACACGAACUUAACAUAUCAAGUAGCGGAAGGAUUCACAAAGUACCACAGAGAGAUCGUCAUAUUUCUAUUAGUGACGGAGGUGUAUCACUAGACUGGGGACCCCCCCAAUAAAAAAAGCUCCAGCAGUUGUGAAGGUGUGAGAGUAAAGAAGACAUCUGUGGGCAUCACUAAGAAGUUUUUCUACUACGGAAGGCAACAGUAUCUUUGUGGCGACGUCUGACCCGCUGCAGGUGAUGGUGAGACGCUGCUGACCAACUAUGGGCCUCAGAAGAGUGUCGCCGGUCAUGAGGGUCGGUGGGUGGGGAUGGUUUAGACUGGACGCUCGCCAUGCCGCCCUAUCAGCCGCCAUCUACACCAUGUGUUCAUCGGUGCUGGUGACCCUGAUGUACGGCUGGAGGCUGGUGAUGAACGGACGGCAUCCUCACUACCUCCAGGAUGUCUACUAUGGUGUGCAAAUCUCCUACACGUCAACAGUGUGUACACAUGUGACUCUCAUCGUCCUUAGUAGCUUCUUGGUCAUCGGGAUAUAUAAGGAGCGGUGUGGGAUGGUAACACCGUGGGUGGUGGCCAACAUCACCUUCAUGGCCCUGGAGGCUGUCUGCUGCAUGUAUUCCAACGUCCUCAGAGACCACAUUAAUAAGAAGUUCGACACAAUGUGUAAAGCAGAGAUGACGUUCUUCGUUACAAGACUAUUUCUAAAUAUCCUGGCACUAUGGGGGGUGAUGAGGUUCUACAGGAACAUCAGGUCCGGCCUCACCUACAAGGACCCUGAGGCCAUAGAGCUAUAGGACCCUGAAAUAAAUUGCUAUGGCUCAGUGAACCUCCGCUACCACUCUCGUCUUAAUUAAGGAAUCAUUAUCAGGUGUACAAGGAAUGAUACUGGUUUUGGAACUGUGUGUGUGUGUGGGGCGCCAACUUUACACCCAUGAAUGUCACCUUAAUACCUGAUGAUCAAUCGUCACGCACCCCCACACCCCACCCUACCCCACCAGAUACAAAAACCUACAGAAGCAUAUUGGAGAGCGCCUUGCCUGACCAUUAUCCGAGGUCCACCAUGGCACCACUCUAAGAAGCUACCCACAGCGCCAUCUGGACCGCAUCCAAGUGCAGUGAACUACCAGAACUUGAUAAUGUACACUCUCCCAAAAAAGUAUCGGCUCCCCUGGGCCUGAUGUAUUUGGAAAUAAACACAAUAACACGUGCACAGCAGUCUCGGUUCGGCUGGUAUUUCUGAUUGUGAGUUGCACCUCUCGUUCUUUCUUCUUGCACCUGAUAAUCACCAUGAUAUCUGCAGUUUACAACCUAUUCUCUUCAUAAUGUAAUGAAAUAGGAUGAAUUGUGAUACCAUAUGCAAAACCAAUAACACCUUAGACACUAUUUCAGCCCCACGGGAUGUGCUGCCAAACAGGAAUAUAACGUUACUAUAUUUUCAUGAAUCGGGGUUACAAUGGAAUCGCUUCGAACGAAAUAUUAAACACUAUGAUCCGAUAUUAUAUUUAUUUGCAAAUAUAAUAAUUACAAGUGUAUUAUGAUGCCAUAUCCAAUUACAAUGACACUAUGAUUUACUGCAUUUCGAUAUCUAAGCUACCUCAAUUUAUGAGGUAACAAUUAUGAAUAUAACGUAUCGUCUCAUGAUUCGUGCUGGCAACGAAACAUUAUCUGAUACACACUACGAGAUGAUGUCUGUCGGUGCAAGCUGUGUAAUCCAACGAGUCUCGGGUACUGGUGUUGGUCAUGGAUUUCCAGUAGAAAACACCCACUAUUUGACUGUCGUCGAUAUAUUUUCGCUACAUUAAUAUCAUUAUAUUAUUCUACUAUUGAUGGAGCACGGUGAGUCACCAUAUUACAACAAAUGCCAGAAAUAAUGACUGGCAACCUCACAGAUACAAGGAAGGAAGGUCCGAGGGUUAGUGUACUGUAUAGUCCUCGGGCAGGCCUAUCAACACAAUGCAGGAAUCACACUUAACGAUCAGAAAUAUUCGUCUAUUGUGACACAUUGUAUCAACGAGAAAAGGGGGCCGAUAUUAUUUUGAGGAGAGUGAACACUAUUACUGAAAAUGUUAAUCCCCCUAAGAUUAGUCACCUCAGUUUAUAGUUUCACCACCUACCUCACGCUACCUAGGGGGGGGGGUUAAGUUAGGACCUAACUGUUAGGUUAUGUUAAAUUUGGUUAGGAUAGAUUAAGUAAGGUUAAAUUACGUUAGGUUGAGUUAGGUUUGGAUUAGGUAAGCGUUAGGGUGGUUAACGUUCAGGUGAAAUAAGCUGGGGUGUCUAAUCUUCAGGUAAUCCAAAAAACGUUGAGUCAGAAGGAUACUUAACCCAAAAGUAGUCAUGAUACAUUAGUGCCAUAGAUCUUGGUUGAGUGUCAUUUAUGUAACAGACAGAUAACAUAGUAACAUCCGUCGUGUUGUAGAUAUAACUGAAGGUGUAUAGAAAAUAAUGUCCGUAUGUAGAUCUUUAUAAAUAAAUUUUCAAAAUGU